GUGACCAUGACAAAAACGUCAAAAACUUUCGUCUUUCGUGGUUGUGAUUGCCUAUGUUGUAAAUGUGUUUUUGCCGAAUUUUCGAUCUAAACUACUAGUGGUAUUUCAAUUAAUCAAGCAACUCACUAUAUGUCAACCAUAACUUUAAAUCUAAAAUAUUUUGAAUGCUGUUUUACUGAGUACCACGGAGAUACGUCUCCGAAAAAAAUGUUUUUGUGCUCCAAGUUUCAUAAUGGCUGCCCGUCGCGUCCCCCGCGCCUCCAUUUCGUUGACAGUCGAAAUAUGACAAUGCCGAAAUAUAAAGUUUAGAAUUGUCUUGUUUUUGUAAAUAGCUCCGUAAAUUUGAAGCGAUUGUUGUUUGAUAAGGACUAAAAAUGAACCCAGAACACCACAAUAUUACUAGUGGUGGUCAGCCAUCGGGAAGUACAGAGUCUCAAAAUCAACGGACAGCUCAGCAACAGCAGCAGACUAAUUUAACACCCACAACCUCUGCUACUGACCUCCGAGUGAACUCUGCUGCUGUAAAUGUCGCUUUGUCUAGUGUUGCGAAGUACUGGGUGUUUACAAAUCUCUUCCCUGGUCCAAUACCACAAGUAUCAGUGUAUGGACUACCAACAGGUACAAGAAUAGAAAACGGGAAAGCAGUACAGGAUAUUGGUCAAACACAUACUGGUAUACUUAAUGGUGAUCCUAAUAUCAUACUUGGUCAUCAUGGAGGUCAGGCACAGGUUACAGUGUCUGCGGCUGGAACACAGCAGAUUCCAGUUUCACAAAUCCUUUCAACACAAUCUGGGCAAACUCAUGAAACGAUGGUGGGCCACGCUCAGGCACAAGAGCUUGGAGGACAACAGGCGACAGGUAGUGCCGGAGCUGGUCAGGCCACACACCAGCAGGUAGCCAAUAGUCGGGUCGAGUUUGUACAACACCAUAAUAUCGAUAUGACUCACCACACACAACAGCAUUUGUUGCAACAACAGUUAAUGGCGGCUCGACCAGACCAUUCUAAUCAACAGAUACAACUAACUGUCAGUGAAGAUGGUAUAGUGACAGUGGUAGAGCCGGGAGCGGGUAAAAUUGUUGAAAAGGAAGAGCUUCAUGAAGCUAUCAAGCUACCCAAUGAUCAAACACUCACUGUACAUCAACUACAGCAAAUCGUAGGGCAACAGGUAAUAGACAGCGUGGUUCGCAUAGAACAAGCCACGGGAGAACCAGCCAAUAUUUUAGUGACUCACAAUGCAGAUGGCACCACGUCCAUAGAAGCAAGUGCUGCUGAAUCGCUCAUCGUGAAAGACGAAAAAAAUUCAAAGAUUGAAACUGCUCAGUUUGCCAUACCUACAGACAUUAAAGAUAUCAAGGGCAUUGAUUUGAAGGAAAAUUUACAGACUGUUGGGGCAAUGGGAAUGGAAGGGGCCGUCGUCAAGAUAUCAGCUGGAGCUACUGAUCAUGACAUGCAUGCUAUGUAUAAAGUUAAUGUGGAAGAUCUCUCACAACUACUAGCAUAUCAUGAAGUCUUCGGGAAAUUGAAUUCUGAUGGACAACCACAACAACAACCCAAGGUAAUAACGGAAAUAGAAGUUGAGGUAGAAGCAGGUACGAGUGCAGCGAUAACUGAACAAGAUUCGUCACCUGGACACCAUUCUUGUGAUAUUUGUGGGAAAAUAUUCCAGUUUAGAUAUCAACUCAUUGUACACAGACGAUACCAUGGCGAAAGCAAACCUUUUGCAUGUUUAGUUUGUGGAGUAGCGUUUGCUAACCCUUUAGAAUUAUCAAGACACGGAAAAUGUCAUCUUGCCGGCGACCCCGCGGAACGACACGCCAAAAGAAUGACGGCGGACAAGCCAUAUGUUUGCACAACUUGCCAUAAAACCUUUUCGCGAAAGGAACAUCUGGAUAACCACGUACGAAGUCAUACUGGAGAAACACCUUACCGAUGUGAAUUCUGUGCAAAGACAUUCACUAGAAAAGAACACAUGGUUAAUCACGUCAGGAAACACACCGGCGAAACGCCGCAUCGCUGCGACAUCUGCAAGAAAAGUUUCACGAGGAAAGAACAUUUCAUGAACCAUGUCAUGUGGCACACAGGUGAAACGCCGCAUCAUUGCCAACUAUGCGGCAAGAAGUAUACUAGGAAGGAGCAUUUAAUGAACCAUAUGCGAUCACACACAAACGAUACACCUUUCCGGUGUGAUCUCUGUGGCAAGUCUUUUACAAGAAAGGAACACUUCAACAACCACAUAUUAUGGCACACUGGUGAAACUCCACAUCGUUGCGACUUUUGUUCGAAAACGUUUACUCGUAAGGAGCAUCUUCUCAAUCAUGUAAGACAACAUACUGGAGAAUCUCCCCAUCGGUGUAACUUCUGCUCCAAAUCGUUCACGAGAAGAGAACAUUUAGUGAACCACGUGAGGCAACAUACCGGCGAAACACCAUUCCAGUGUGGAUACUGUCCUAAAGCAUUCACAAGAAAGGAUCAUCUCGUAAAUCACGUUCGACAACACACAGGGGAAUCGCCACACAAGUGCUCUUUCUGCACCAAGUCGUUCACAAGAAAAGAACAUCUAACGAACCACGUGCGUCAACACACAGGCGAGUCCCCGCAUCGAUGUACUUACUGCGCCAAGUCUUUUACAAGGAAAGAACAUCUUACUAAUCAUAUCAGACAGCACACCGGCGAAACUCCACACAAGUGUACCUACUGUCCGCGUGCCUUCGCGCGUAAGGAACAUCUGAACAAUCACAUUCGACAACACACCGGCGUCACUCCGCACGCCUGUACUUACUGCAGCAAGACAUUCACAAGAAAGGAGCACCUCGUUAACCAUGUUCGGCAACACACUGGCGAGACACCAUUUAAAUGUGGAUUUUGCACGAAAUCGUUCUCUAGAAAAGAACAUUUAACAAAUCACAUCCAUCUACACACUGGAGAAACGCCACACAAAUGUCCUUUCUGUACAAAGACGUUUUCGAGAAAAGAACACUUGACCAAUCAUGUCAGAAUACAUACUGGUGAAUCGCCACAUCGUUGUGAAUUUUGUCAGAAAACAUUUACUCGCAAAGAGCAUCUCACCAACCAUCUAAAACAGCACACUGGAGACACAGCGCAUGCAUGUAAAGUUUGUUCCAAGCCUUUUACGAGAAAGGAACACCUUGUCACACACAUGAGGUCGCACAGUUGCGGCGAACGACCUUUCAGCUGUGGUGAAUGUGGCAAAUCGUUCCCAUUAAAAGGCAAUCUUCUAUUCCACGAACGAUCACACAAUAAAGCGAGUCGAACAUUGCGGUGUGAAGUGUGUUCUAAAGACUUCUUAUGUAAAGGACACUUGGCGGCUCACAGACGUACACAUGAAGAACCUAAAGAAGGGGCGACGAGCACUGAUACGCCCGCCGAAACUAUAGAAUGCACUAGUGAAUGCAACCCUAAAUUCAUUAAAGUCGAAGUAGAUCCUGCCGAAAGGAAACAUGAAAUAAGACCACCACAAGCAGAGAACAGACCAGCAGACAACAAUGUUGCUCAAAAUCAACAAACCAACACAAACACCGUUAUGCAAAUAACUGGCCAAGUGACACAGCAGCAAGUACGUAGCUCGACAAGCUCUCCUGGUGCGACAGCGGCGACGUUCACUCACGCUACAACAACCCAACACCAUAGUGGCACAAGCAUUGCUCAUCACCCCGUCACUGUGAACUACUAGCACACGGCCGAAUCUUUCGAGGUUGAAAACAUAUACGUGGGAACACUCUGAUAUCACGCCAAUGUGUUAAAUGAAACAGUACUUGAAAAUUUAGUUAUGUGCAGUGUUAUUGUGAAAGUUUCUAUUAACAUCUCCGUUUUUAUAUUCAAAUUAAUAUGUAUGUUAUUUUCCUUGUUUUUAUUUUAUUUUACACUGUAUUAAAUUAUGUGAGAUUGGGCAUUAUUUUUAUUAAAGUCAUAUUAAAAUGGAAUUUUAUAUCCAGACCUACUAAAAUCAUGUUAAUUACAUUAUACUAAAAGCAAUAUAUUCAAACCAUAUAGUUUAGAAAUAGAUCUACUAAGAUUUUUGCUAGGUAUUUGAAGUAAAUUCAUUUUAAAACAAUCCUAACUGUUCUAAGAUACAAAUUUGUUACACUUAUUUAAUAGUAAGCUUCCAAUGUGUGAUAUUUUUUAAUAACUGUAUUUUAGAGUAAACUUCAGAAAUUUAAAUCCCAAUAUGUAUCCUACCUACAUUCUGAAUAGCCAUUUUGUAAUACAAAAUUGUAAUGAUAGUGUAAAUAACUUUUUGUAAUAUAAUAUUUCAUAUCUGCUGUUUAUAGUGUUAACACAUUUUAUAUAAUUGUUCAAAUUCAUAUUUUUUAUUGCUAUUCACGAAGUGUAGGCUGAUUUUGAAGCUGAUGUAAAAAUGCUUCUGAACGAAAAUAUGUAAAAAAUUAGUUACAUUCCUUGUUAAUUCUAACAUAAAUUAUAUAUUAAAUUCUUACAGAUAGGUUAGUACUUAUUGUACAUUUUUAUAUUAGUACAGGGGUUCCUUGCCUAAAACUAAGGAGGCCAACAUUAGUUUUAAUCAUUUGUUACACUAACAUUAUUUUAUUUACUCAAUCAGCAGGGACCAUAUCAUUAUAAAUAUUAAUAAACUGUCAGCAUGCAAACUAACUAAAAUAAAAGUUAGAUUUCUGAUAACUGUUGUGUGUAGAUAGAUAUUCUGGACUACAAAGAGAGAACCAUUAUAAAUUAUAUUUGUAGGUCCAGCUUAAUAUUAUUCUUUGCCAUGCAUGUACAGUAAGAGUGAUAAUUAUUGCUGCAAUAAAAUUUAAGUCUGGUUGUAUGAUUUCAAAGAUGAAGGAAGUGAAAUGGUGUUUAGUCAUCUUGUAAAAAUAUAUGCUUGUAUCUACUUGUAAAUAUUAUCUAGAUGUAAAUUAUAGCUUGUAUCGUUUUUGUUUUACCGGCCGUAAGAUAAAUUGUUGGAAGAUGGGAUUAAACGAUUAAGAAUCGUCUGAUAUAGUUUGUAAGGUACGAUGAAUCAUUGGAGAUAAUUUAUCGACAUUAUUUUAAUAACUUAUCAACAAUGGUGCCACGCUAAUUUAUAUUUUAUAGUGUAUCAAAACAUGGCACAAUAGAUACUAAAAUUUAAAAUAUGUUUAUUGGUUUGAUAUGAAUGAGAUUAAAAAAGGGA